AUGUACGGUCUAUUUGCUCUAGCAGCCUCUGCUGGCGUCGCCAACGCGGCGGUUGCCACCCUCACAGCACAGUAUGCCUCCUACGCCGGGUCCGGCACCCCUUAUACCGUCAACAACAAUUUAUGGGGUGAGAGCUACGGAUCGGGAUCUCAGACUACCACCGUGGACAGCAUCUCCAGUUCCAUGGUGGCAUGGCACACCACCUGGUCCUGGUCUGGUGAUAACAACCAGGUUAAGAGCUACAGUAACUCACAGCUUACAUUCACGAAGAAGUUGGUCAGCAGCAUCAACAGUAUCCCGACUUCUGUUCGAUGGAGCUCCAGCUCUAGCAACAUCAAUGCAGACGUUUCAUACGAUCUCUUCACUGCCGCAGACAUUAACCACGUCACAUACUCCGGCGACUACGAGCUCAUGAUCUGGCUCGGAAAGUACGGCAGCAUCCAGCCCAUCGGCUCCGUGCUCGAGACUACCACCAUCGGCGGCCAGUCGUGGCAGGUAUGGGGUGGUGGUGGAAGCCAGUACACUUACAGCUUCGUCGCUACCAACUCUCCUGUCACCUCGUGGAACGGCGACAUCAAGGCCUUCUUCACGUACCUCACCUCAAAGCACAACUUCCCUGCAACCAAGCAGUACUUGAUCGACCUGCAAUUCGGUACUGAGCCUUUCACUGGCUCGGGAGAGACUUUGACUGUCAACAGCUGGUCUGCUAGCGUCAACUGA